AUGAAAGACAAGAAACGGUUAAGCAAGAGAGUAAGUACAAAGACCAGAGAAAACUUACGAAAAAAGGCAUCAAAGGCGGAUAAAGUACAACGAAGGCGAGAGAGGAAGCAAGAAAAGAGAGAGACAACAGGAGCAUUCAAUGCAGUAAAAACAGAAGAGGAGAAAAUGACCCUUAGACAGAUAAGAGAGAACGCAGAGGCUCGGCUAAAGCUCUACACAGAGGCCCAAAAGAAUACUUCAAAGACAGAUAUACAGGAUGAUAUUUCACGAAGGUACAUCAAAGAAAUAUAUAAAGUAGUUGCAGAGUCUGAUGUCAUUUUGCAAGUGCUUGACGCAAGAGACCCAAUAGGAAGCAGAGCACCAGAGGUAGAGAGAAUUAUUCACUCGCAAGAAAAGAAGCUCGUCUACAUCCUAAAUAAGAUUGACCUAGUAGACAGAGAGAACUGGGGCACGUGGCUCGAGUACCUAAGAAACUAUGCACCAACUGUUCCAUUCAAGGCCUCCACACAGUCACAGCGCACAAGGCUGGGGCAGACCGAAAAGACAGAGCUGAAGGCAGAGGCAUUUGGGGUAAAAGACCUAAUGAACCUACUGAACAACUACUGUCGAUCAGGCGGCUCUGUUACUGUAGGUAUUGUUGGCUGCCCAAACGUGGGAAAGAGCAGUCUUAUAAACUCGCUGAAGAGAGAAAAGUCCUGCGAGGUAAAGAACACGCCAGGAGUAACCAAGAUUCUGCAGCACAUCGUACUGAACGGAGCAAUUCGGCUGAUAGAUUCUCCAGGAAUUAUCUACAACAAGUGUAAUCCUGUGAGCGCGGCCCUUAGAGCAAGCACCUCUGAGGUGGACUUGGACACAAUUGUUUCUUUUAUAUUUAACCGUGUUGGAGGGCGAGAGCUGGCCAUUCUAUAUGGAAUAUCCGAGCCACAGACAGAAGAGGAGCUGCUUAUAUCGCUGGCUGUCAAGUGGGGAAGGCUAACCAGCGGGGGAGUCCCAGACAAAAGAACCUCUGGCUUUAUGAUUCUGCGUGACUUGCAGAUAGGUCGCAUCAGAUUUUCAACAAAAGUGCCUGUGCACAGCGCCGCGCUUCCAGAUGCAAGCGAUGACCUUAUUAACUUAGAUAUAAACCAGAGCCGAAUGGGGCAGUACAAGAAAGAGGGAGGAAACUUCUCUGGCGCCACAGAGAAUAUCGAGAACAUGUACGAGGCAAUGCCUGAUCUUUAA